CUGGAAUGAUGUUGCUGUCAGCUGGUGGUAGGUGCAACGCUGCUUCUUCGUCCACCGUAAAGUGUCUCUCUGCAGGAUCGCUUGUUUAUCGCAUUGUGCCACCACCUUUUUACAGCCACCCGCCGCUAUUAAGCCGUCUGCCCGACAAACAUUUGCUCGCCGCUUGAUCGCCAAAGCCGCCGUUUCUUCUUGCUCCACCCCUGCUUCGUUGCUCGCUGCUGGUGCUUCUGCGGAUUGCAAAAUCCCUACACCACUCGCCUCGCGGGAUAGUAGCGAGAGGCUGGAGUGCAGCAAUAGCCGUGUAGCCGUGUAGUUGGCUGUUAAGUGAAAUCGAAUGUCCGUAGCAGACGUUUUACUGGACGCGCGUGAAGAGAGUAGUCUGUGAAUGACCCCCUAGAGCUCGUUGUGACGCUGACGGCAUUAGCAAUCAUCGCGGCAGACUGGUACGAAAUGCGAACUAAUCGCUGAAACCGAUGCACACGCAGCACACAGUUACAUAUGACCGACUGAGGUGUCCGGAAACAAACAUCAUCAGCAACAAGCAACGGAGCAUGAUGCAGCGACGGCCCACUACAUCGUACGUUGCGUUGUCGCUCGUGGUCGUGUUCGUAGUCUCCUACAGUGACUACGCGGGGGCAACCCUCGUCACAAACGUAACCAGCAGCCAGCAGCAGGUCAGCUCAUCGAGUGCCAACGAUGCCGCCUCGGCUAUGGUCGAUGCGUUGGUAACGGCUACGGAGGGGCAGAUACCGCCAAUUCCCGAAAAUCAUUCGUACGAUCGUGCGCAGCGCAUCGUGGCCCGGAAAGGCGUCAGCAGCGAGACGGCGGUAGCACGUAACGCAUCCUCCCCAACCGAAGACAUUGUCGCCGCCGUAGCACCACCGCCAGCGUUGUUAAGGCAGCCUACGGCUGUAGCGAAUGGGACGGCCAGCCCGGUGACAAACACCAACAGUAGCAGUACUUCCGUUUCCAGCACCACGACCGGUGCCAACAGCUCCGCAACACGGAGCCAUCCGGCCACCGUCAACUCACCGCAGUUGCCGCACAACACCAGCAACGCUUCGCUCCCACCAUCGACCGGUGUGACGGUGGGACGCAAUCAACAGACCAUCGUCUCCAACGUAACCGUUGGAUUACCGAUCAUGACGUCGACGUCAUCGAAACCCAGCACCACCAGUAGCAACACCACUACAACCACCUCCAAGGCACCAGCCACGUCGUCCACAACGUCCACAUCAUCGACGACGACGACGACGACGACCACAACCACAACAACCGCCGCACCCAGGAAGCCCAAGGUGGUGUACUCGAUCGAAGAUGAACCGAGGCUGGUGCAGGCGGCCAAACCGGGCUACUCGCUGCCAGCGGCAGUGCCGUUCGACGAGCCGCUCGACAGUUCCGGUCGGCUACGCGUCGACGAGCCGCUCGUCCAGCUGUCGAAGGAGUAUAUCGCACCGGCUGGACCGAACCGGCGCGACUACGUUCUACCGAUCGUGACGCUCAUCUUCGUCGUGCCACUGCUGCUCGGUCUGUUUCUGCUUUCCUACCGGCGCGCCAAAGAGUUCUGGCUGACGCGCCACUAUCGUCGCAUGGAUUUCCUGAUCGAUGGCAUGUACAACUACUGAAGGGGCAUUAACUACUACUGCUGCUAUUACUACUACCACUACUACUACUACUACUACUAGAGCAUAAGUGCCUACCUAAAAUUCCCAUUUCGCCCUUGCCCUUGCUUCCCUCCCGUUCUUUCUGUGACCGUACUCCCUUUCCCGUUCCCGCUUUUUCCCGAAGGGCGACGGUGGGACGCUAUAUGAUUGGCGGAUGGCCCACAGCCGCGCAUGUGAACCGUAUCUCUAAGCUAGUUUAGAUAGUAAAAGGAUGGUGCACCGCAGGUGCCGUAACAGUGAUUGAUUUCGAAAUUAAGAUUGCGAUCCGGUAUGCAACUGGAAGACAAAUGACGAAGAAUACGACGACGCAACACAGGAUGAACGCAAUGCGGCUUCCGAGGCGUGGUGCUAGUUGAUAAGUAGUGACUUACAGGGAUAUCUUUGUAACAGGAUCGGCUCUGGUGAUGUAUCUUCCGUAUUUUUUUUACUUUUCAAGUUUUUCCCGUUUUGGUUUUUGAUGUAAGUUUUAUUCGAUAGUUUUGCUAACAAAAAGAAGAAAAAAAAACCAAACAAACAAAAUAUUUUGGCUGGUAUUCAUUUUUCUACUAACCUUUUCCGGGGG